UUGAGGAUGAAGCAUUGGGGGCCCCUGCAGCUUCUGCUGAGCUUCCUGCUCUGGGGAUGGGGGGCCCUGUCCCAGGACAUGGGCUGUGUCCAGGUCCACCCUUGCACCUGCCUCCUGCGGGGGAGUCAUCAGGUGAUCAAUCUGGCCGCCGUGGGACCCCUGACCAUCCCCUUAGCUCCCGACAAGGAGCCUGGUGGAUAUGUGCAAUUCAGCCCUUGCCAGCCUUUCAGCGAGCCCGCUAACCUCAUCUCCACCGACUGUGUACAGGUGGCUGCAUGUGUGACCCUGAGGCAGGCAGGCUCAGGGGAUCUGCACCAUACUGCCUAUGGCAGGCACCAGAGGAGUGAAUUUUGGUACAACAGCAGCACCCGUGUCUUGACUGUCACGUACCCUGCCUGGCCUAGCAGCUCCCUGAACACCCUGGUCCACUUUAACUGCAGCCCAGUGAGGACUGUGGCCCACAUGUCCCUCCUGUCCACCCACCUGGAGGUCUUCAUCCAGACUCCCUGUGCCUGUCCAGACCACUGCCGACUCUGGAGCCCAGAACCCAGCUCCCUCAUCGCCAUCUCAUUCUUUGUGACCCUUGGCAUCUAUCUCCUCUGGGGUGUUUGUGGGCUGCCUGCCAUCAACACCGACAGAGGAAGCUGGCUCAUCCCUCAAGACCAGUUUGGGUGCAGCCCCUGUUCCUCUUGCCUUGGGAAAUCAGAGGAAGACAAAGAAAACAUCCCCCUUAUGGGCCUCUGUCCUGGAACUUAGAAUUCAGCUGAGACCCUCCUGGCCUGGGGUCUCCACUGCGAUGUAAAGAGCCAGAUGUGUAGGCUGUGAUUGAAGGAGCAGAAUGGGAACGAGAUGUGCCUGACCUCAACAGAGAUUUCUUUCUAUGCCCUUCCUCCUGGGGAUAUUGAGUUUGAAGAGGGAGGGGCCUCAAGGGUCAUCAGUCACAGAUAGAGAAUUUGGGAGGGGAUGCGAAUUAGGGCCAGCUGACCUUACUGUGGCACAAUCCUAACCAGUACAUACUGAGGAGCAGGAUUUAAGUAGUAUCUGGAAAGAUUUCUAGCCCUGACAAGAGACCUAUAUCUCUUCAAUCUAGAAGGAGAGUUUGUAAUCUCCUUAUUAAACUUCCCUUGGUGGUCUUAGCUUUGCCUCGGAAUUCUGAAGUCACCAGUUAUGCCUCCCUCAGUCUUGGCUGCUGUCCAGUCCCAUCCAACCCAGCGUACCACCCAGCCACCCUACGUACCACAGCACUGUCAUAAGACAUCGGGCCAAAAGGCAGGAGAACCUGGCUCUAAGGUCACCUUGGACAGUGUCUUCCUUCUCUGACCCUUAAGUCACCUUCUGUGCCACAUUGACAGGUCAGGAAGACAGGAGGACCUAGAAAGGAGAUAUUCUCAUCCUUCCAUUGAGAUAAGAAACAUUCUUAAGGGCUCUGGCAUUGAGCCACCUAGCAACAGAGGGAGAGGAGCAAGUAAGCAUCAUGGGAGCAGGAAAGUGGAACCAGGAAGGGGACUAAGAGAGGGAGGGGAAUAAAAAGCAAAGUAAUCCUGCUAGAAGGGCAGAUGAGAUACAAACCAAGGUGAACAGAGCUGAGGAAAGGAGUAGAGAGAGGUGUUGUUCAAUUGUUUCAGUCACGUCCGACUCUUCAUGA